AUGGCACGCCUUUCUAAUGUACUUCUGGUCUUCACGGCUGCGACUGCUGCAGCUCUCCCAACUGUGGAGUCUUGGAGUCAACCAAAGCCAUUUGUUCAGACUGAGGCGGCCCCGUGGGACGCUGGCAGAGUGUCCGAGUUUCCCAUUCACUCCAGUUGUAACGCUACGCAGCGGCGCCAGAUCGAGAUGGGCUUAGCAGAAACUGUGAGCCUAGCAGCUCAUGCUCGAGACCACAUUCUCCGGUGGGGCAACGAAAGUGAAAUCUACCGCAAAUACUUCGGUAAUAGUCCUACGAUGGAGGCUGUUGGGGCCUUUGAAGUGGUGGUGAAUGGCGACAAGGACAAGAUUUUGUUCCGCUGCGAUAACCCCGACGGAAACUGCGAUAUUGAAGGCUGGGCUGGGCAUUGGCGCGGCACAAACGGCACGGAGCAAACCGUCAUCUGCGAUCUGAGUUACCAGACUCGUCGAUCCCUCUCAACAAUGUGUGCUAUGGGUUACACCGUUUCGGGAUCUGAGACCAACACGUUCUGGGCAUCGGAUCUCCUGCAUCGACUCUACCAUCUGCCGUCCGUAGGGCAGAAGUGGAUCGACCACCAUGCCGACGGAUAUAAAGAGGUGAUUAAUCUGGCCCUCGAGCACCCAACUUUGUCAACACACGACUCGGAAACUCUUCAAUACUUCGCACUGGAGGCGUAUGCCCACGACAUUUCAGUUCCCGGGGUUGGAUGUCCAGGCGAGAAGGAGGAGCAUCAACACGAGGAUGAAAAAGCGGACAAAAAGGAUGCCCGCCCAAGCGCGACGACGACUAUGGAGGCCACUUCCACCACAUCUACUUCGCCUGCUAAUUGCCAUACCCACGCCGGGGGCGAGCUACAUUGCGUCUAA